UUAGGAAAAUUGGAACGAUCGUGGAACAUCAUCUGAGAACACUAGAGUAAGAUUCUUAUAUCUUUUUGGUUAAUUAGUUGAAAAUAGCUUUUUUUAUUGGUGAUUAUAUGUCGGUGUUAAUUGCAGUUUUAUAGCACGUAUAGAAGAAGUAAUGAGCUGGGUGUGCAUGACAGAGUUGUUUAGAUGCGUUUUGGCAAUAUGCAUGGUUGGGUAUUAUAUCGUUAUGGAAUGGUCCGAUCAUGAUGUUCGAAGCCUUACUUCCUAUUUCAUAAUAUUUGCAUCAGUUACUUUCAAUACAUUUCUACUAUGUUAUAUUGGUGAAUUGCUAACAGAACAGUGCAUGAAAGUCGGUGAGAUAGUUUAUAUGACAAAUUGGUAUAUCUUACCUAGAAAAAGAAUCUUUGAGUUGAUUUUGAUCAUCGCACGAUCGAGUGUGGUCAUUGAAAUCACCGCAGGAAAAUUAAUUCACAUGUCCAUACACACGUUCGGUGAUGUGAUGAGAUUGGCAUUUGCGUAUCUUAAUAUACUGUGUCAAAUGACAUAAUUAAAUGCACUUCUAAUGAAUUUCUUACUUAUAUAAUGUUGUAGAUAAAAUCGUAGAAAUUGAA